AUGUCCAAUAAUGACGACACCAAUGGCGAAGGUAUUCACCACUCCAAUAAUGACGAAAUCAGUGACGAAAAUAUAUACCACACCAAUAAUGACGACACCAACAGCAAGGGUACUUUCAUAAAAGAAAGAAGA